CUCACUUUCGUUACUACUACUAUACCUUGACUUUUAGUCAAUUUCACUCUUUACAGUACAUCAUCAACUACAAACUUUCGAGUUACCAAUAAUCUAAUACCCAACCCCCAAAACCCAACCGUCAAAAUGAAGUUCGCUGCCGCCCUCGCUUUCGCUGCCGGCGUCGCUGCCCACGCCAAGAACGUUACCUACACCACCGAGGUCGUUACUGCUUACACCACCUACUGCCCCGGUCCCACUGAGAUCGUCCACGGCGACAAGACUUACACCAUCACUGAGGCCACCACCCUGACCAUCACUGACUGCCCUUGCACCGUCACCAAGCCCGUCAUCAUGACCUCCGCUGUUGUCUGCCACGACUGCCCCACUGGCGAGAAGCCUGGCAAGCCCAACCACCCCGGUAUGGGCCACAACUCUACCAUGGUCCCCGUCUACCCUACCGGCAAGCCUACCCACGGUGGUGAGCACCCCGUCGGUCCCGGUGCCACCCCUACCGCUGGCUCUCCUUCUGAGGUCCCUACCGCCGGUGCCGGCAAGGUCGCCGCUCUCUCCGGUGCCGGUCUCGCUGCCGUCGUCGGUCUUGCUGCUUUCCUGUAAAUCAGCUGCUAGCAUACAAUGCCUACGAUGUUUUACGCCCGGUAGAUACCCUAUUUACGCUGGGAGUGCAAUGUGGGAAAGCUAGCAAUGGUUUCGAUUCGAUUUGGGAUACGCAAGCGAUCUUUCAGGGAACUGUAUAGGAACUUUUUUUAUAUAUCUUUUUUGGGUUUACGAACAUACGAUACGGGAGAACCGGUAUACCACUGCACCGCUCUAUGGAGUCUUAUUGUCUAAUGAUGGCCACGCUUUGCAGGGGUUUUUGGAGACAAAUUCUUGUAUAUAUAUGAGUUUUGUCUCGGUGUUCGGAAGGAGCUCGCAUAUUCCUUGUGUGUGAGAUAUCUUCUUUCGAGGAUGGGAAUAUAAUGUGUUUAUCUUGCCUUUAUGGCUGCAAAAAUAGGACGAUCUUGUCUUGCCUCUACUCGCGGGUUUUGUUCCUGUUUCUGCUUAUCAAUUUAUAGAGAGACCCAUUCCCAACCUCGAAUCCUGUUUCCUAUUCUUGAUACAUACUUUUUUCUUUGGUAAAUUGACACCAGCGUCUGUAAUGUUUGUUUUUGGACGCUGGAACAUAUAUAUCCUUAAAGCUGGACGUGUUUAUGGUCUCUUGUCAACUAUCAAUGUUUUUGCGAGCUCGAGGGAAUCAUGUAUCAUAGUCAAAAGCAAAGCAAACAUUGCUGAGAGGCCAGUUUUGGUCUGGC